AUGUCGUUCGGCGGCGGCUUCGGCUCGAGCAACACUGGUGGGGGGUUCGGAUUUGGAGCGAACAACAAUACAUCCAGCACCUUCGGCAACACCGCAUCGUCAGGGACGGGGCUUUUUGGCAGUACAACCACAUCAGGUGGAUUUGGCAGCGGUGGAGCUUUCGGCAAUACCGCAACGACAAGUAGCGGAGGUGGCCUCUUUGGCAGCGGCACUAGCACUGCAGGUGGCUUCGGCAGCGGCGGGUUCGGAAGCACGAACAAUAACAACACGAGCACCUCCUUUGGCCAAUCGAACACGACCGGCGGAGGUCUUUUCGGAAACAAGACAGGAGGCUUUGGAAGCACGAACACCGGCGGGUCCAUCUUCGGAGGCGGCAACAACGCUACUUCUGGUGGAUUCGGCAGUAACAACACCUCCCAGCCACAGCAAGGCGGUCUUUUCGGUACUUCGAACACCGGCGGCUUCGGUUCGACCAACAACACUACUAGUGGUGGCUUUACUGGAUUCGGCGCCAGCAACACUGCUGCCACCAACAAUAAUGGCACCGCAGGAACACCAUUUCAAGCAUUUUCUGAGAAGGACGGCACAAACAACCAGACCUCACAGUAUCAAUCCAUCACUUUCCAGCAACCAUAUCUGAACAAGAGUUUUGAGGAGCUGAGGACCGAGGACUACCUUCAAGGCCGCCGGUAUGGAAACAGCAACGGCCAAGCUGGAUCUUUCGGCCAGACCACUGGCUUUGGCGGCAGCGUCUUUGGCAACACCAACAAUACCAAUACCAACACAAGUGGGGGAGGGCUGUUCGGCGCCAACGCAUCUACUACGAACACUGCCACUGGCUUUGGUGGUGGUUUCGGCGCAAACAACGCUACGAACAACACUACUGGUGGCUUUGGAGCAAGCACUGGCGGAGGCCUCUUCGGCUCACAGCAGAAUAAGCCUGCAGGGGGCCUUUUCGGCAAUACCGCGAGCUCUGCCACGACUACAGGAGGCUUUGCUACCACUGCGCCGGCUUCAGGUGGCCUUUUCGGAUCGAACAACAACCCGCAGUCUACCGGGUUCGGCAGUACGAACACCGGCGGAGGCCUCUUUGGUAGCAACAACCAGACGCAAAACAAGCCAGCUUUCGGCGGAUUUGGCCAGUCGACUACGAACACCACUGGAGGCUUCGGCGCUAGCACCAACACCGGAGGCGGACUGUUCGGCAACACCUCGAACACCAACGCGAACACUGGUGGCGGUCUCUUUGGGUCCAACAACCAGCAGCAGACGCAGCAAAACCAAGGCGGCGGCUUGUUCGGCUCCAGUACAAACACUGGCGGUGGCCUCUUCGGCAACAAUCAGAACAAGCCAGCGACGGGUGGACUCUUUGGCAACAACACCGCGACCAACACGAACACAGGCGGUGGGUUGUUUGGCUCCAAUAACAACCAGCAGCAGAACACUGGUGGUGGGUUAUUUGGCUCCAAUACAAAUACGAACACUGGCGGUGGUCUUUUCGGCAACAACAACCAGCAGCAAAACAAGCCGGGUGGUCUGUUUGGAAGCAGCACGACAAACACCAAUAUUGGAGGUGGAUUGUUCGGCUCUAGCACACAGCAGAAUAACACUGGUGGCAGCUUGUUUGGUGGUGGCACCAGCAAUACCAAUACCGGAGGCAGCUCCCUGUUCGGCGGCAACCAACAGCAGAAUAAACCAGGUGGCCUCUUUGGCAGCACUGCUAGCAACACAAAUACAGGCGGAAGUCUGUUCGGCGGCGCUCAGAACAGUCAGCAGGGCAGCACUGGAUUGUUCGGUUCCACCAACCAGAAUCAGAACAACUCGCUGUUUGGAAGCACGAGCCAGAACACCGCUCAACAGCAGCCAAAUCAGCUCCACGCGAGCUUGACACUUUCACCUUACGGCAAUGACCAGCUAUUCAGCUCCUUGGGCCAGUCAGCUGCCCCAGUCGGGCCUCUUGCGACGCCACUCGCAGGAGCCAGACCUGCCCCCUCGAGGACGCCAAGCCUUCUGUCUAGCACGAGAUUGAACUCACCGAUCUACACGCCACGAGCCAGCAUGCUUGGUCGCCAGAACACCUAUGGAUUCAGCUACUCCAACUUUGGCACACCGAACUCGUCCUUUUCAAGCAGUCUCACGCCGCAGGCUAGUAGUCUGCUGAAGCCUACCAAUAGCCUCGGUAGCGCGCUGACCAGCAGACUUGCUAAGAGCAUGUCUAUGCAGAACUUGCGCGGCAUCGACACGCCCACUCGUGAGGGAGGCAGUCUGCUUCGUCCAACUCCCGGAAGUGCCUCAAGCAGGUUCCUCGAGACUGGCAGCAUGCGCAAGCUGAAGAUCGAUCGCAGCCUGCGCCAGGACCUAUUUGCUCCACUAGAGCAGCGACAAGACAUCUCACCUCCGCUCCACAAGAAGGUCAGCUUCGACAACUCUGCUGCUAACGCCAAGCAGUCGGAUGCACAGCCGAGUGCUGCGAAUGCUUUGGUUCGAACAGAGACCGAUGACGAUGACGUCUCUCCUGCUGCCACUCGUUCGCAACAGCGACCAAAUGGCACUCAUGUGGAGAUGCAGCAGGUCAAUGGCGCCUCUCUUACUGAUAUCCCAGAAGAUGCCGAGCCACAACGCCCAGCAUCUGCACCAGGCACCAAGCGUCCUGUGGAGAAGACGGCGCCAAAGGUACCUGAAGCUGGUGAAUAUUGGAGCAAGCCGUCCUUGAAAUCCCUCAAGGCAAUGUCUCGAUCUCAACUCGCACACUUGGGCCAAUUUGAAGUUGGACGCUACGGUAUCGGCAAGAUUCAAUUCUCGAAAGCCGACCUCAGCAACACCGACUUGGACCAGCUGUACGGAGGUAUUGUAAAGCUCGAGAAGAACUCGGCAACCGUCUACCCAACUGAAGAAGACACGCCUCCACGCGGACAGGGCCUCAAUGUUCCUAGCAAGAUCUGGUUGGAGAACUCAUGGCCGCGUAGCCACAACGGCCAGAAAGUGGUCCUCAAGGAGGGCACUCCGGCCUACGAGAAGCAUAUUCGUCGCUUCAAGAAGAUCACGGGCACCAAAUUCGAUCGAUACGAGCCUGACACAGGCACGUGGGUCUUCGAUGUCGACCACUUCACGACGUACGAACUGGGCGAAGACGAUGAUGAUGACGAGAUGGAGAUUACCCAACAAGAUUCGAGUGGCCUGAGCGACGCUCCACCCACUCUCGGUCAACCCCAGGAUGACACAAUGCAAAGCAUCGAGACCGCAAAUGGCGCUGGCCUUGGUGGUGACGAUAUCGACGACACAUUCGAGUUCAAGCACACCACUCGCUCGAGAUCAAGCUUCCCCGAGUCGCAGAUUCCGGGCGGGUUUGAUGCUUUUGACGACCAGCAUGUCACCUACGACUACGAUGACCCUAGUGCGGACGAGCAUGUCGAAGACCAGUACAUGAUGGCAGGUGGACUUGGUCAAGAGGACGACGUCUUCGCCGGCCAAGGUGGAGCUGUUCAAGCCCCCUCUCCCGGUGCAUAUGAGCGUCAACAGUCUAGUAUGGCUUCCGACGACCACCGUCCAAACGACAUUGCUGAAUCGCUGCAGGACGAAAAGGAGCCAGAACCGAUGAUUCCAGGUUCCUUCGGUGCUGAAGGCCCUCCGAAACCCUUCCGAUCCAUCCUCAAGCCCGCGACCGCCUUCCCAAGCCCAGAGAAGCUGGCAAAUGAUGAUUGGGAAGACCAACUACAGCGCACCAUGAGUCCGAGGAAGCGCGAUCGCCAGCAUCUGAAGAAUUUGCAACAGAGUCUAUUGAAGGCCGAUCGAGAUGACAUCCACAACAGCCCUUUCAAGCGCAGCAUGCUGGGUCAAAGUCAGCUUGGCCAGAGCUAUCUCGCGCAGAAGAGCGCCAAGAAAGCUGGAUCCGGUGCCAGCACUUUUGCUGGGAAGCCAAGCCAGCUCGGCAAGAGCCCAGCUUUUGCCAACAGCAUGGACAUCAUGACUUCGCUAUGGGAGACAGAGAAAGCUGGCAAGAGAACAGGCGUCAGUGGAUUCGAGACUGCUCAUUCGAAAAAGCCUCGCAUUUCCACCUCCGACAAGCCUGACGAAAACGACUCUGAAUUCCGCCGCACAAUGAAGCCCCACUUCGGCACUGAGACUCUCGUAUACAAGGUCCCUGCAGCCACUCCUCAAGUCGACUCGCCGCUCGGCACAAUGGCCAAGCCACUGAUUUCGCAACCGUACGAGGUUCGCUUCACUGGCUUCCGGAGUCGGCAGCGAAACGAUGCGUUUGAUCUCGAGAGCGAUGUCACCACCCCCCUCGUGUAUCAGCGAGACUGCACCGGUGGAGUCGGCCAUUCCACGACCCGCUUCUCUAUCAACUAUAGUCCCCCCGCUUUCGAACCCCUUGGUUCUAAGCAGAACAAGGUCGAUGUCUUGGAAGCGUUCAUUUGGAAGACCGCCAUGCAUCUGUGGGACGAUGUCAAAAACAUUGCCGCUGAUCUUAUAGAUGGGAUGACGGCGAGUGACAUAGAUAGCUACGCUGACAGGCUGCGAAAAGACGCCUUCUGCCAGUUCUGGGCCGACGAAAUGGUUCAUGGCAUCGAGAGGCAACUAUCGGCCGCCUCAAAAGAAGAGAAAGCCUUGUUGCUACUCACAACGCAUGAUGUGGAGGGGGCCGCCGAUGUGCUGCUUGAAGCCAAGAACUACCGACUCGCGAUGCAGGUUGCUCAACUGCCCGGAACCGACGACAGUCGAGCAUUGAUGCAAGGCCAGAUCGACGAGUGGCGCAAGCGUAACGAUUGGAGCGAAAUGUCAGACCCUAUUCGCGCUCUUUACUCGAUUCUUGCCGGCGAAACUUGCACUGUACAAGGCAAAAAUGGACCAAGAGAGGAUCGCUGUGCCGAGUUUAGCAUCGGUGAGAGAUUCGGUCUCAGCUGGAAGCAAUGCUUUGCCUUGAGAUUGCUCUACGGCGGUCAGUCUGAUCUCAAAGAUGCUGUCCGAUCAUACGUGGACGACCUUGCGACCGGUCGGGAAAAGGUUCAGCCAAUACCUGAUUGGGCGAGCGACGACGAUGCGGCGAAUGGCAGAGAGAGCGUUGUUCUGGGACUUUUGCGAAUUUUCUCUGGCGUCGCUAUGCGUCCUGCCGACCUCGAGGCCAUUCUCGACCCGAAGACCGUGUCUGGUAACGCCCUUUACUCUCGUCUGUCGUGGCAACUCGCUGUCAUUCUCGAUGUGAGAGGCAUUGCCACAUUGCCGGGUGACAAGUUGGACCAUCUUACUGCCGGUUUUGCUGGGGAGCUGGAAUUGACCGGAGAGUUUAUCACGGCAAUCUGGGUUCUCAAGCAUCUGUUAGGCGAGGAGAGUCGUAAGAUCGCGAUUGGAGAGGUCUUGUAUCGCAAUGGUGGAAAAAUUUCCGACCCGACACCACCUGGGGAUGACGAGGAAUAUGAUGAAGACUACUUCGUUUCAAGCUUUCGAAUACUCUCUGAAGAGCUGAAGGUCUCAGAAAGCGACCUAUGGUCAUCGAAGGCACAGUAUGCUCGAGCUGUAUUGGGCGAUGCACGUUUGCAGGCUGAAUAUCUCAUCAAGGCUCGCAAUACAGGUCAAGCGCAGCAGGUCAUAUCGACGAUCAUCGGACCACGCGCCGUCAUCGAGGAAGAUUACGAGGAACUUAUCGUGGUCAUUCAAGCACUGGAAAACAGCGGUAUCCUCGGCGCAAGUGACCAGCGUAGUGUGCCGGUCUAUGCCGCCUUCGUCGAGCUGAUGAGCAUGACACCUGCUGAGAGGCGAUCCGAGGGCCGGGAGCUCCUGACUUAUCUGAAGGCCAGCUUCCCACAAUUCAAGCAGUCAGAUGGUGGUGGACCAUGGUCAAGCUCUUAUGCAAAGAGUCUGGAAGAAAGUGUUGCAUGCGUGGAGAUGGAGCGAGUUCUGAGGGAGGAAUUCAGGGCGAGCGGCAUUGAUGCCAGCAAGUGGGAUCCAAAUGCCAAGGCUAAGGACGGCAACGGCAAGGCUACUAAUGACGACGAAAUGCAGGGUGUGCAAAGCAACAGCAACAGCAACAGCACUGGUGAUCUUUGGACACGGUAUCAGCAGGCGAUGGGGACAGUUGCUUGA